ACGUUUGUGCCCCGUUCAGCGUCUUCAUCAAUUUUGGCCAUAUUUUCGUUUUGGGCUAAGUAAUGUCUUCGAAACUGAUAUCAUCGUCGUUCCACAGCACGCCCCUCAACGACUGCUUUAAAGUGGGCGCGUUCGAGAGACGCUUGGAUGCACUCCUUGCGGAUUUGCAGAACAGCGUGCCGGGGCAGCCGCCACAGCCACAGCUGCAGCCGCAGUACGGCACUGUCCAGCCCAAGCAGCAGCUGCAGCAGCAGCAACAACAAUUUGUUGACAACACGCCCGGCUAUGGCAGCCUGAGGGGCAAGGCGCAGCCGCAAGUGUAUCAGGAACAUUACAGCUCGGAGACGCGCACGCCCACUGCUGCCGACUUCAAUGGCUCCAGCCAGAGCAAUGGCUAUCAGCAUCAAGGCACCGGCUCGCUGCCACGAUCGGGCUUCAAUAAUGGACAGGGCUUACCGCAGAACAGCUCCGGAUUGUCUGAGUUAGAUUCGCUUCUGCAGGAUUUGCAGCAUGCGCGUUACAAUAAUGGCAGCGGAGAACGUAAGGCUGAAGUCGAGGUGCCUACCAACUACAGCUCGCCCGUCUCCAAAUACAACACUUUCAACAGCUACGCUUCGGUGGAAGAGCGACCCUCUGUCGACAGCCUUCUUAACGAGCUGGACAACGCGCACAUAUAUGCUGUACCCAAUGGAACUGCACACAAAUCUCCAACGCCAGGUCGACACGUGACUAUUACGGUGCGCGAAACGAAAACCGAAAAACUCUCGGGACCCGAUGGACCAGUUGGUUCCAUCGAGGAGCAGAUCGUGCAGAAGAAAGAUUCGUAUACGCCAAAUCUAGCAGCGCCUGCACCUCAGCAUCAAGGCUACACAUCGCAGGCCACCAAGGAGUUGGAUGAUUUAAUGGCUUCCUUGUCGGACUUUAAGGUCAGCAACGGUAGCAGUGGCCAUUUGGGAUACGAUCAGCAGUCGAGCACAGGAACAGCACAACAGCUGCAGCAGCAUCAUCAGCAACAGCAUCAGCAGCAGCAGCAGCAGGUGACGGACUACGCACAGCCAAAUCGGGGCACACAGCAGGCGCAUCUGACGCAGACGAUCGAGGAGACGACAAUAGUCGAGGACAGUCGCGAGGAUCAGUUGGAUUCUAUGCUCGGCAACCUGCAGGCCAAUAUGAGUCGCCAGGGUGUCAACACAGUGCAGAAGGGCUGCUGCAAUGCAUGCGAGAAGCCGAUUGUCGGCCAGGUGAUUACCGCCUUGGGCAAGACCUGGCAUCCGGAGCACUUUACGUGCAAUCACUGCAGCCAGGAGCUGGGCACACGCAAUUUCUUUGAGCGCGACGGCUUCCCCUAUUGCGAGCCCGAUUAUCACAAUCUGUUCAGUCCGCGCUGCGCCUACUGCAACGGCGCCAUUCUGGACAAGUGCGUGACGGCCCUAGACAAGACCUGGCACACCGAGCACUUCUUCUGCGCCCAGUGCGGCCAGCAGUUCGGCGAGGAUGGCUUCCAUGAGCGCGACGGCAAACCCUAUUGCCGCAACGAUUACUUUGAGAUGUUUGCGCCCAAAUGCAAUGGCUGCAACCGUGCCAUCAUGGAGAACUACAUCUCCGCCUUGAAUUCGCAGUGGCAUCCGGAUUGCUUUGUCUGCCGGGAUUGCAAGAAGGCCGUGCGCGGCAAGUCCUUCUAUGCCAUGGAGGGCAAGCCCGUUUGUCCGCAAUGUGUGGGCGUCGAUGAGGAGGAAUAGGCGCCACCAAUAGCAGCAGCAGCAGAAGCAGAAGCAACAGAAGCAGCAACAACAACAACAACUUGUUGAAGUUCAGCAGCCCGAAAAUAGCCCCCGCCCAGAUACAAUUUGUAUCUGCAUAUAGUUGUUUACCCAGCGGCAGCUGCGUCCCACUUUCUCCUUCUCUCAGUCUCUUCUCCUCCUUGCUCUCUCUCUCCGCCUUUAUUCACACGUUCUCUGGGCUAUUUUCGUUGAAAAUGUGAAAAUCUUUUUGAAUUUUGUCGGGGCGCGACUUGCUGCCAGCUGCCACCUGCCACCUGUGUCUCGCUGUCUCCAACCAUCCAGCAGCAGCAACUAUAUCUAAAGGAGCACACACCACAACACACACAACACACACCAACACACACUGCGUCCCCGUUUGGCAGGCGGCGGUUUAACCGGGUACUGGACACGGCUGACCACCAGGCAACUGGGCAGGUCGGCUGUUGCCGCCCGGGCCGCGCGCUGUGCCCGUGUUUUAUGAUGGCCACGGCCAUGUCUCCCGCCCCUGUUUAGAGUACCUCCCAACCCACGCGACACGCCCCUUAAAACUGUUGAGCUUUUCUAUAUGCAAUUUAGAGUUAAGUUUUUAGGUAUUUUUUUAAAUUUAAACAUUUAUGAAGCAAUAUUGUAAUUUGUUUUUGUAAAUAAAAUUUUUAAUUAUUAAAAUUAAAAUAUAACAAAUAAAAACAAUUCAAAAAACCCAAAGAACAACAAAAAUCUAAUUCGAGCCUGGCGCUUGGCUGGCUCUGGGUCCGUUUUCAAACAAAACCUCCCCCUUCAGCCAGCCAGCCCAUGCCACGCCUCGCCAGAAACUUAAGAUCAGUGUCAAGAUCUUGACCUUGAUUGGGAAUGUUCGCAUGUCGCGUUCCUUGACCUUCAAUUGAUUUUGUUGUUCUUUGCAAACAAUUUACAAUAUUGCUACAUAGAUUUUCGGAUUAGAUUAGCGGCAAUCGCCCCCCUCACCCCAAAUCCCCCGUGACCCCUGCGCAGAUGCGGGGUUGGUUAAAACUAAGUGGAAACUAUUUUCGUUGCUGACGUUUCGCUCAUAAACAAAGCACACACAAAAUUAGCAAAAUUAUUUUUGUAUAUAUCAAACGCGAGUACAUUUCUAUAACACAUUCUCGCAUAUGUAAAUAAUUCAUGUUUACAUUAUGCUAGAAAACUGGGCGCGUUCUUUAUCUCUUUAGAGUUUAGUCCCGAUCUCUGCUUAUCAUCUGACAUUUUCCUAUGCAAAUUUACUAAAAAUAAACGAAUGCAUAUCUUGAGAAAAUAUGCAUAUUU